UCGAGGCUCUUGGACGAUACUCUGUUUAUUCCCCGAGUGCCCGAUACCUAUUUGGAAAACAUACACUACACGCCGGGCGUCCUGAUGGAGAAUGAUAAGGUUCAGCUGAGAAAACUCUACGAUCUGAUCAUUGCUACAAACAGAAUCCUCCUGAUAGGGAAGUCUUUUUUCCGCCGCCAAACCAUUGAACAACUCUGGUAGCACCUAAAUCCGAAUGGUCGCGCCCUUUCGGUCAUCGAAAUAGGCAUGCCAAUGGGCUUCGAGGCUGUCGCCUGCGCCGCUCCACUACCCUAGAGGACUGGAUCCAGGACUUUGGCAAAGCUUUCCAAUCUCCCCCGACCAAGAAUGCCGGUGGCUUCGCCAACCCCCCUAUCGAAAAGGAGCCCGGCGCUGUAAUCUCCCCGUGCACGAACCAAGAACAAUGCCCUUACCCUCCGGCCCUACAGACGGUACCAACCGCGAAGGCUACUGCCGCUUCUCGCAGCGCUAUGAACGCCCCGGCUAUCUACAGAGACUCAUGGAUGAAUCAUCUAAAGGAAAAAAGACUAUGAAGAUCUCGAGUACUCGUAUGUCGCCUUCCGUCGUGGUAUCGACUGCUGCGCUGACAUGAAGAACCUAGAUUGAUCCAACGAUAGACGGCUUUGGCAUAACCCCCUUUGACGGCGAACUCGAUACGCCAAUUCAGAGCCCGUGCACAAUGCAACAACUCUGCAAUUACAGUUAGACCCUUCCGCGCCUCAUACUCCCACCUAUCAAACGCGACUCGCACAUUAUACUCGACUUAUGCACUCCGACGGGCUCCAUCGAAUGCUAGGUUGUUCCCCAGAGCCUCGGAAAAUUGGAGUACAGAGACGCGAGGUAGAGCGGGUGGGGUGAUCUCUGGGCGCUUGGAGCGAGAGCUCACAAAAGCCGAAACAUAAAGAUUGGU